GAUUGUGGUUUGGGAUUGCCAAAUGGCCCAGGUUGGCGUUUGUGAGACAGUCAUUUUAUAAAAUGAUGAUAUUACUUUUGUUCACGCUUUAGACCAUGCCAUCCGAAGACACCGGCCAUCCAAAGACGCAUUUUUCUUUCAAUCUUGAAGAUAUGGCUACUCGCCAUAGGAAUACAAUCGACCAAGAUGGAUUUUCUUAGUCUUCUCACCUCUGGCCACAGCGAUCAGGGACCACUGCCAACCAGAUCCCGAAAUGAGCACAACUCCACUACAGAUAUAUUGGAAGAGCAAGAGAAAGGAAUCAGUAACGCUCGGAUCUACGAUUCCAGUCAACGCUUAUUGACCUCGUGGCGACAAGUUGUAUCGCUCCUCUUUCUUGCUCAAAAGCGAACUCAAAUAAUACUUGUCUUCAGCGUCUUUUGGGUCUUCUUUUGGGUGUUCUUUCUUAUGGCGAGGCACGAGUUUUCAGAGCCCAAGCCACAAGAACUGCCUCAAAGCACUGCUGUCAUCAUUGUAGAUACGGUACCAGAAUCUAGCCUGUCGAAACUCUGCAAAGAAACGAAGUGGACAGACGGACUCUGGUUACACUGCCACAAUCACGCUUUGAAGAUCGGAGACAAUGGAGGGUCAUUCUCUGGGGGACUCACAAAUGCGAGAAAUCGAUUCCAGACUUGUGUUCGUUUGGCAAUAGAUCUUGGAGCAGGAGUUCUCAUCCCCUCGAUCACCGCGAGGGCCGAGGACAAUUUGGGGCUUGCCAAUACACAUGUCAUUUGUCCCGAUCUCUGGUUCGACAUCGAAUACUUCAGGUCAGAAGUACAGCAACAAUGCCCCCAGCUUCAGAUGAAGUUCUGCCAGAAUUCCAUGGACGGCGCAACAGUGGUGAACAUGCCAUAUCGUCCCACUCAUGAGGAUCCAUCGCAUACCAAGACGACCUUCGGUUGCACAGUCAAUACUGAACUUCUGAGACGCGACAUAAAACGCGAAGAAAUCGAUCCGAUGAAACCAGUCUUGGUCAAUUAUGGAGAUGCCAUGUUCACUUGGAACUAUACUCGCUGUGACGAGAACCCAACGAUCAGGAAAGAUUUGAUCAAAACCAUAAGAAACAGCCCAAGCUUGGUGAAUAUGGGCCUGGAAAUCUUGUCGCAUCCGGAAUUGGACGAGAAGCCUUUCUUCGGGGUGCAUCUUCGAGCGGAAAAGGACGUACCAGCAUCGUGGGGACCUGUGGAUGUUCAAAUGCAGCGUUUUGUCGAAAGCAUACUGGCCACCAGCGCGGAGAGUGAAGAGGCGGUAUCGACGGUGUAUGUGAGCUGCGGAGAUCAAGAUGCUAUUGAGACCUUUCGUCAAUUACUUCGGCCGCAUGGCUUCUCAGUAAUCGACAAAUGGUCCUUGCUCAAGGAGGACACCGAACGACUGGAGAUAUUGAACUCCUUUAAUUUCGACCAAAAAGGAGCAGUCGACUCGGAGGUCUUACGAAGCUCGACUUACUUCCUUGGCCAUUGGAAAUCGACAAUGUCACUUCAAUUGGUUUAUGAACGAGUGAUGGAUGAUGAUCCUCAGAAGUGGUUUCGAGAAAAUAUUUAUCCAGAGAGCACUGACCCUGCGACAUGUUGUCACCGGAAAUGGGUACACAAUCUGGUCGUUAGCGGAGAUACAUUUCAAAAGCUAUACAUCAUAGAUGGGCCUGAUUUCAUGGAUACUUUUCCUUGAAACUAUGUUACCAAGCACAGCUGGAGUGAGCAGUCACUGUUGUGGGCACUCCCCAGCAGGAGUCCCGAGAAGCGAAGUCGACU